GAAAUAUUAGAUAUAGUUUCACCUUCACUAAAGACGGUAUUUGGAUCGUUCCUAAAGAGGUUGUGACGUUAAAAGGAUAAACAUGGCUGCUCAUGGAAGUGCUUUAGUCGGAUACGGAGUCUCGUCGGAAUCGGACAGCGAAGGAGAAGAGACUACAAAACAAUUAUCGAGGCAUACAGCCAGUACAACUACACAAAGUAGAAACUUUCUUGUGGAAGCUGGAGAUCUGAGUAGUGACUUGAGCAGCGAAGAUGAGGACCAUGCGCCUGAAUGUGACGUCCAGUCCAGUCCACCCAGACGAUUUGAAUGGAGUCCCGCUUCUACUAACACUGCAAAAUCUCAAGGCGAAGCAAGUCAGAAGAAGCUACCCACUCCAAAACUGGACAUUGGGAUGAUGAAAAAAGGAGGCAGCAGUGUCUUUAAGAAUCCAUUUCAGGAGGAGCGGAAUGAACAGCUGAGCCUGCUGCAGAAGCACGUGCAACUCACGCUGGAGGCAAAGCCAACAGAAAUUGGAGGCAAGAAGAUCUGCCUGCUUUAUCGCAAAGAAGGGCGCUGCCGGUACGGUAGUAAGUGCAAAUUUGCCCAUGACAGUGAUCUUCAGACGGCCGUACCGCCGUCAGUAAGCUCCAGUCGAUGUGAAACUGUGCUGGCCUCAAGCUCCUCUUUUAAAGUGGAUGACAACAAUGACUUGGAGGAGGAAACAAGGACUAAAAAAAGAAAACCUGGCUUAAGUGACUCGCUAAUACCAUCCAAGAGGGUUCUAAAACAUUACAAAGCUCAGGUCACCAAGGAUAAACCCUGGGUCAACUAAAUGUGUGUAGUUUGUUCAUGGUCACUUCAUUCCUAACUAAACUACAGUUGGUGAAUCUGUUGAAUUACUGGCACCAGUAAAAUGUAACCAUUCUGGUUUUAUGUGUCAGUUAAGAAGUCUUAGAUUUCAAGUGCAGUUUGGUCAUUCAGAUUUGACGGCCUGGUGCAAACUUACUUAGGGAGGAUAAAUAGUAACGUUUAGGUUAAAAGCAUUUGUGUUAACUGUAAGCAUGAAGAAGCCGAUUUUUGGAUUCUAAGAGUGUUUUUAUUUAAGACCAUUGCUGGUGUUUGUUAGCUAGAAUUAUGUUUUAUGCCCAUCCCUUGUUUUAAUAUGCUGUGUAUAAGUUGUGACAUUUAGGGACAAUUCAGAAUCAAGAUGUCCACCUAUAGCACCUGGUAUCUAUCAAUCUUCAAACCUCAAUUGCCGUCUCCUAUGAUCUAGGAUAAAAUGGAAUUGAAUGUUCAAUCUAUUGGUAAAUCUGACGUGUAUAAUAUUUCUAGUAGAAUUGUGGAACCUUUUGAAGGUUUGUAUUUUCUGACUAAGGCUUCUGUCUCAGAGAUGGGUGAUGAGUAAGUUAGUUGUGUGUCUUAUCAAGCCUUGUUCUUCAUCAAAUCGGUUGUCCAGAUAGAACACUUGUCACUGUGACGUAUGACCUUGGAACACUGAAACUUAUCACCAGGUGCUGUAAGGACUAACCCUAACAGCAGCUAUGUCCCGAUUCACCCCGUCCCACACAUCAUCUGCUUUUAAAAUGUCAAACGGGGUUCGCCUCUCAACCAUACUAAGGUGGGAAUCCAAAAGGGCCCAAGUGGCAGCGUAAAUUAGCCAUAACUGGUCUCUGAACUGUUUAUUGAAUGCCAUUUUUGUCCACUUCUUCUUUUCUGCAGUUUUGUGGUGAUAGGUGCUCAGUGGAGGACGGCCCUUGUGUCCGCUUUGAACUCUUUGCUUAUUUGGGUUCUUUUCUUUAUAUACCAGUAUGGAUUUGCCAAACAAAUUUAGGAAUAUCCACCCAUCCUCUUCACAGUUGUGUGGAUGGGAACAAGGUUUGGUAAAAUUUGUAUUAUUCUCUUUUUAAUGCUGCAUUACAGUUCGGUGAAUUUUUUUUCCAGUUCCUUAGACACGCAGUGACAGUAUAAUACAUAAUAUGGUAACCUACUGUGGUAAGACACAGGUCACUAUUCCCAUAUAAUCGACCAGUGCUUUUAUCAAAGAUGUCUUAACAAGGUCAGCAUUCAUUACAUUUGGUUUUACACUCCUAUCGAUUUGUUCCAGACUGAGUACAGGCUGGUUUAGUGACUCUCUCCACAGCAGACAGCAAGUCCAGUGCCUUUAUGGCCCAAUUUCUUAACCAUAAGACAACACUGCCUGGUCUGAAAAACAAGUCAGAUAAUAUAUGCAUGGCGUAAUAUUCAGGUGUGCUCGGCAACUAUGUUAACUCUCAUUAAUAUUAUGUAAAUAAGUAAGAAGUUGGAAAGGAACUGAUUUAUUAUAUAACUGCAAUACAAAUUUUAUUUAUGAAUUGUGAAAUUUAUAGGAACUCAUUAUGUAAUUACUAAUAUGUAAAAUGUAUACUUGCCUAUUACCUGACAUCUUGUCACAGUGGUCUGUGCCUGCUCUCGGUGAAAAGCUAAGCUGAACUGAGUUGAAUUGUGAACAAACAAAGCACCUUAAAUCCUAUGAAAAAUCCUUUCAAUUCAAUGGUAGGUCAAAGCUAACAAAAAAAGGACAUGGCCGUGUUUAUAACAUGAAGAAGCCGUACAGAAGAUAAAAGAAUCCUUAACAAAGAGUAGGGCAGCGUUUCUCAACCUUUAAGUAUUUGCGACUCGAGUUUUCAUAAGUUUUAAUCGUGUCCCCGUAACGUUUUUUUGAAAGGAGCCCACUAAUAAGUGAAUUCAAGUGAAUUUCCCUUUGGGAUUAUCUAUCUAUCUAUCAGUUUGUUCUUUUUUUAAUUAAUGAUAUAUCAUAGAUGCAUAUUUUAUUAUACCUACUUAACUUUUAUCAACAUUUAUCUAACUCUAUUUAUUUUUCUAGUAUCAGAAUGUAGUUUAAGUUAAUUUUGUUUUGGUUUCAAUAGAUGUAUUUUUCAUAUUUUCGAUUCUUGUUUUCUUUUUUCACAUCUUCGCGCCCCCCCCUCCAGGGGGGCCUGCCCCACAGUUUGAGAACCACUGGAGUAGGUUGUGUCCUGACUUCCUGACUAAGUUACCCACAUGGCCCCCUAAUCAUUACCUUCCAUGAUUGGCUAACAAUCACUCACACCAUCAAAAUGUCAGUUAAUGCGUGGUAAGCGUACUGGCACAAAAUGGCUGCCUAGUCGUUCUGGCCCUCUAAUCAUUGCUUUCCUCUGAUUGGCUAACCAAUCACUCACACCUUCAACAUGUUAAUGCGUGGUGAGCGUACUGGCACAAAAUGGCUGCUGUUGCACCCUCCAGGUGGAUACCACAUAUUGGUGGUGGUUAAAGUGGCUCCCCACUUGCUGAAGUACUUUGAGUAGUGAGAAAAGAGGCAUAUAAAUGUAAAUAAUUAUUACUGUAUUAAAAGUGUAAAAUUUGAAAACUGUUUUUUGCUUUUUGUAAAGUUAGGUCACUUUAAUGAAACCCUUCACAUUUCUUAGCAGGAUAAAACAAAUGGUAGUUAGGGUGUCAGUAAGAGUUGUGAACAAAGAAACCAUCCUAAAUGAAGAGGAAAAUCCCAGCUGUACCACAAUAUAACAUUUGGAAACACUUUUGCAUUUUGUAAAAUCGGGUCACAUUUCUGAAAAGAUAAUUUUUAGAAUGUUACAGGUAGCGAAGAGCCAGAUUAUACUAAACGCAGCAGAAAAUUAAUUAAAGCCAAUGGUGGGUCAAAACUGACCCAAAAGACAUAUAAAGGUAACACAUUUUUACAAGCUAGGAUUUUUUUUUUCUUUUAGUUACUUUGAUGGAAAUGUAGGAAAAGUGGCAUGGUUUCACCCCAGACAGCUGAAAUGUAGUAUGCUGUUACUAAUUUCAAACAGAAAAAUGGGUCCGAUUUGACCGAAGGAGGUUGUGAGGGUUAAACAAUGUGUAGUUUAUUUCCUAUGUAAAGAAAGAAUACAAUUUGAAAUUACUGUUCAAUAUAUUAGUGUUGGCGGCACGGUGGUAGCUCCGCUGCCUUAAAGUAAAGUGACCAGGGAUAACCUUUAACCUUUCCCCCCCCAUCCACUGAAAAGUAUCUCCUACCUGCCACUUGGCUCUGAAUUACAAUUAGUAAAACUUAUUCUAUGUGACAUUUCCAAAUCGGGGCAAAAGGUAGAGAAAUAAUAGGAAUACUGAUUUUAUUGAUUGCUCACAUACGGUAUUUAACUUUCAUUGGCCGCAUGUUUAAAUUAGUUAGUUAUUGGUAGUCACCUUUGUUUGCUGCUCAUUAUGAACAAAUUCAAUACAAAAUUAAAGCUUUUUUUUAUUGUUAUCCAGUUCCU